CGCCACGUGUCGCGCAUCUUCGUGGAGGACCGCCACCGCGUGCUCUACUGCGAGGUGCCCAAGGCCGGCUGCUCCAACUGGAAGCGGGUGCUGAUGGUGCUCGCCGGGCUGGCCUGGUCCACCGCCGACAUCCAGCACAACACGGUGCACUACGGCGGCGCGCUCAGGCGCCUGGACACCUUCGACCGCCAGGGCAUCCUGCACCGCCUCGCCACCUACACCAAGAUGCUCUUCGUGCGCGAGCCCUUCGAGCGGCUGGUGUCUGCCUUCCGCGACAAGUUCGAGCACCCCAACAGCUACUAUCACCCCGUCUUCGGCAAGGCCAUCCUGGCCCGGUACCGGGCCAACGCCUCGCGGGAGGCCCUGCGGACGGGCUCCGGGGUGCGCUUCCCCGAGUUCGUGCAGUACCUGCUGGACGUGCACCGGCCGGUGGGCAUGGACAUCCACUGGGACCACGUCAGCCGGCUCUGCAGCCCCUGCCUCAUCGACUAUGACUUUGUGGGCAAGUUCGAGAGCAUGGAGGACGAUGCCAACUUCUUCCUGAGCCUCAUCCACGCGCCGCGGAACCUGACCUUCCCCCGGUUCAAGGACCGGCACUCGCAGGAGGCGCGGACCACCGCCCGGAUCACCCGCCAAUACUUCGCGCAGCUCUCGGCCCUGCAGCGCCAGCGCGCCUACGACUUCUACUACAUGGACUACCUGAUGUUCAACUACUCCAAGCCCUUUGCAGACCUGUACUGAGGGACCGGGCCAGCUGGCCAGGGGCGGUCCCUGCCCCACCCACCCACCUGUGCACAAGGGUGUCCCACCCUCCACAGUUCCUCAUCCGGGAGCUGAGAUGCACCCAGAGCAACAGGGCUCUCAGGACGUGAAGGGCCGUGGCCAUCGGGUCCAGCAGGCCCUAGGUGGGGGACAGAGGCCCUGGGCCUUGGAUUGGGACCCUGACCUUUGUUCCAUACCCACUUCCUCACUCCUUGGCUGAGGGAGAUGCUGAGGGCUGAGAUGGACAACCCAGGAGCUCGGCCAAGAGUUCCGAUGAGCAGGGAAGUCUGAGGCCCAGAGGACAAGGGCCCCAGUGGUACGGGUUUCCCGCAGUCCCUUCGCCAUUGCCUUGUACCAAACCACAUGGUUUGCAGCUUUUCUACAACCCAGGGUGGGGAGGGAAGUUCCCUCAGAAUGAGGUUCCCAAUAAAGCACAUGGUUUCCAGAGCA